AUGGCCAAGAAUGGACCGCGAGGUAGAGGGUAUGGAAGAGGUAAUGGCAAGGGAGGAGGCGAUAGAGGCGGUCGAGGUGGCGUCUCCAGUGGUCGCGGAAGGGGAAGAGGAGGUGGUGGCAAUACCGGCGCGUUCCCAGGACAGGGUCGUUUCCUUACCGAAAGCGCUGCUCUGGCACACGCAUUGGAUGCGUCACGUUGGGACUCUGGACGAGGCGGUGCGCACAGAGGCAGAGGUGGUCCAGCGAGAGGGGAUUGGAAUGCGCGCGGUACGGGAGGAAGAGGCAGAGGUAGAGGAGGUCAUCUGACCAUGUCCAACCAGAACGCCGUCUCCUUCGACUACAGUAGCCUUCCACAGCGAGCUUCACGGCAAGCACCAGCGCCCUCGUACGCUGCUGUGGAUGCAGAAGUUGACGCUAGAACCGCACUGAAAGCGGUGCUGCAGCAGGAUCAGUCUUCCGACUCUGGCUCUGCGUCGGAGGACGAUGUGAUUUUGACACCUCCCAAGGGAUACGUGCACGUGCAUAGGCCUCAGCACGAGCGGCAACAAUCUCCCCCCGCGCCAUAUGAGCAGUCCGAAGAAUCACGGGUUCCGGCACCUCCUGCUCUGCAUGGAGACGCCAUGGCUGAGCUGGUCUCGCUCGGCGUGCCUACCGGGCCUCGCGUCAUGCGUCUUUCAGGCGGCACGUCCAUCGGUACGCGCGGAGCUCGUACGCGCGGUCCAGCGCCCUCCAGCAGGAAACAAGCGACUUUUCCUCAUUUUCAAGUACCCGAAAAGCACUGGACACGCCCGGACGAGCUUGUGGGUGAUGCGGCCUACUUGGCCGGAGUUGGUGGCAAGUUCAGCGGGAAGAAUCAAAAGCCGCGCUUCGGAGAUCCUGCGCAGCAGUACAACAGACCCCUCUUGGCUCCAAUCGCAUUCAUCAAGGCUCAGGGCCUUUCCUCCGAAGGCGAAGGGGUGGAAGAGCCCAGCAUCGAGGCGCUCAAUCAGGCCAAGCAAGGAAGAGGUCUGGGAUUCACACACGAAAAAGAUCCGAAUGUCAAGCCCCCACAAGCGCCGCCUCUGCAGCGCCAGGUAUCAGAGCAAAACACUCCCACUGCUUUCGAGCCAAGCGCGUGGACCUUUGAUGAGGAGGCAGAGGACGAUGAUGAGGAUCUGCAGGCGCUCAUGAAAGCAUACCCGGAUGCUCGACAGGUGGGUAUGCACGAAGCGUACGUCGUGCAGCCUUCUGCUGUCGAUAGUAUGCAGCAGUGCGCUCCUGUCGUCAAGCCACUUGAGUCUUUUACGGCGCCAACGCAUCAGACAGCCCAAGAGGAUUCGUCGGAAGAUGAAGUCAUCCUCGUACCUCAGAGCGCCUCCUUGAGCUCUCAGGCCCAUGUUGCAUCGCUACAGGACAACAGCGACAGCGAGGAGGAUAGACAGCUCGAAGCUAUCUUGGCUGCUAAUCGCGCUGCCGUCGCCGCAGACGACACUAUAUCAUCACAAGCCCAACAUCAAGCUCAGGACGUAAUCGACCUCUCGCAGUCACCGAGGCUGAAACCUACGGAGCAGUUCCGCGGGCAAUCUGCGACGAAGCCAUUUGCGGCUCAGGCUGAGCCGUCAUCGCAAGACGUCUUCUAUAUCGACACUCAAGGCACAGAUGUGCCUGCAGCCUCCUUUGAACGUGCAGAAAUGGAUGUUGAUCCGUCCGCGCCCAUUCUGGGUGACACCGCUUCGUUCGUCCAAACGCGCCAUGCCAUACCCGAUGUGCUGCCUCCUUCCGACUCGGACGAAGAAGAUUACGGACGACCAGGCUACCCUCGCACUUCUCGCGGAUUCUUGCCACUGAAUACUCAGCGCGGCAAAUCGACGCGACAAGCUACGCGCAAAGCUAGGAGACAACGACUACGAAUGGCAGGCAAGAAGAGCGCGUUUGUACCUUUGCCUCGUGCGCGCGCAGACGUCCUCGAGGAGAGCGAUAUGGACUGGGGUAGCGGCAGCGGGAGCAUCAGCGGAACUGAGGAGCACGAAGAGGAGCUUCGAGGCGCGGAUCUGGCUCGUGCGCUCCGCCUUGAUCCGAAAGAGCAGGCCGCCUCGGCAUCGACUGCCGCCCCCGCGUUCAAAGCCCUGAAUGCGCGGCAACGCAAGAAACAAAAAGAGGAAGAAAUGCUGGCUGAUUUGGCCCACGGGUGGGCAGUAGAUGCAGGACUCUCGAGAUCCGACGAAGAAAAGCAAGGUCAAAAUGCCAAUGGCGAGGAUCCGGAUUUGGAUCGUCAGACGGAGCUGGACGCUAUGAUCCGAUUCAUGAAGGGCAUGGAUGCUCAGUCGAGCGGCCGAGAGAUGACGCUGGGCGAUAUGGAGGUGGAACAGCAGAUGAAGGAAGAAGAGGAAUGGAUGACUGCUAGUGAGAGCGAAGAGGAGGUGGAGAAUGGCUUGGCUGAGGAUGAAACCAUGGCGGAAGUGAUGCGACUGGAAGAAAAGAUGAUUAUAGAUGAUGAUGAUGAUGAUGGGGAGGAGGAGGAUCAAGAUAGCGAUUUUGAUACCAGCGAGAGCGAAGGCGCUGGGCCUUCUCGUCCGACCCAACGGCGAGGUGGUAGAGCGCCGCGCGGCGACGAGAACGACAACGAAGAUGACAGCGAUGAGGAUGAAGAUGGCGGAGAGUUUGGGAAGAAUUUCAGCUGGGCAGACGAGGAUGAAGAAUUCAUCAAGCAGCUCGAAGCGUUUGCUAGUGCAAACGGAGUGGAGAAGAAUGACAAAAAGGCCCGCAAGAGACUGUUCAAGGCCAUUGAAAAGGGCGACUUUAGCGGGAUCGAGUUGGAUGAAGAUUUGAUCAUCGAUGAGGAUGACGAGGUGUUCGGCCUGGGUACUUCGAAACCUGUCCAGGGUGAGUCGUCCUUUAAACUGUACCGUGCAAGCCAGUCCGUAACCUCUGAUCGCGAUCCGCUACUGUUGCUGCGUAGGCGGACGAGCUGGCAAGAAGAAAUUCGGCUCAGAGGAUUUGUGGGCUGAAGAACUUCAAGGACAUUGGGAGAAGGAUCGAGCGAGCAAAGCUGCCAACAAGCGCAAACGUGCUGCGGAGAGGGCGGCGGCGGCCGAGAACCCGUACCACGCCAGCGUCAAAAAGGGAACGAAAAAGGGAGCAAAGAAGGCUGCUAGAGCUUUGCGUCGGGCUGAAAGAAAAGACGAUCUGCUGAGGGAUCAAGGAUUGCUGCCUGAUCUUGAUCCCGCAUCGGCCUGGGAUGCACAUGCACCCCUCUCGACGAUGGAGAAGCAUUCUACGAACCUGCACGAUUUGAACGCGCAGAUUUUGCGCUUCUUGCAGGAUUGGCAACACUCGACGCUAUCGCUUCCGCCCAUGGACAAGCGAUCUAGGGCUCAAGUGCACAUGCUAGCUUCCGCCUACUCUUUGACGUCCAAAUCCAAAGGCAAUGGGAAUAGCAGGUUCGCCACGCUCAUCAAGAAUUCUAAAUCCGGUCAAGUGGUAGAUCAGAACAGGGUGAACAAGGUGUUGAGAGGAGCAGGAGGGGGAGCAUUUGGAGCGACUUUUGGAGCGAAGCAAAAGAGCAAAAAUAGAGCGAAUGGGCCUGCUGGGAGAGGUGCGGUCAGGGAUGCUGGUAGAGCUGCUAUCGUACCCAAGAAUCAAGAAGGUACGCAGGUGGGGUUUGGAGCGGAAAAGAUUGCAGAGAGCAAUAUUGGACAUCGAGUGAGUCUGUUUUUAUGCGUUCGUGAAAAAGUUUCGAUGUGUUCAGCCUAUAGAUUGAUUGACGGCCCUGCACGCUUCCCCCCCAGCUCUUGUCCAUGAUGGGCUGGAAAGAAGGUUCUGGUGUUGGAGCUACGCCGGGGUCUGCUGCGGCUGUUGGCGCCACCAUCAAAAUCAGCAAGGGUGGACUCGGCUUCUAA